AUGAAAACUUGGUUAGAAGAAACAGCAUUUCGUCCAUAUCAUGUAACAUAUAUGAGUCACGAUUCACAAAAUGAAUUUAUUCAUCUACUAGCAAAAGAAACAAAAAAAAAAAUUGUAUCAGAAGUAAAAAAAGCUCAAAUGUAUUCUGUUAUGGCAGAUACCACUCCUGAUCUUUCAAAUCGUGACCAAAUGUCUGUGUGUGUUCGAUAUGUAGACACAAAAUCAAAAGUUUGUGAACGAUUAAUUGAAAUAACAGAAACUCAAGAUAAAACUGGAAAAGAACAAUUGGAGGCUUCAGAUCUUAAUAUCGUUGAUGGUAUUGUGUUAAUAGAUUGUGCAGUAAAAUCAUUAAAAGAAAUCCGAAAUAAUACAGAACAAUUAAAUAAUCUCAUAUCAACUGCUAAAAGACAUCAUAGGAAACGGUUGAAUCCCAAGAAGAUUGAUACCAAUUCCAAUACUCAAGCUGAUUUCACAUUAGAAUCAUUUUAUCGAAAAGAAUUUAAUCAUGUUUUGGAUACUUUAAUAAAUUUGAUGGCAGAAAAUUUGAAAUCUUGUCUUUCUUCAGUGCAAUCUAUCUACCAUAUUUUAUCAGUUCCAAUAAAAUCGACCAUUACAUUAGAAGAUAUAAAGAAAGCAUUUUCUUUAUUUCCUCCAGGUUCAGAUAUGUCUAAGGUAACUGAUUUUGAAGGAAUUCUGUGUGAAAUAAAUAUAUUAAGACUUAACACAGAUGACGAUUCGAAUAACACAUUGAAGUUAAUCAUGGAAUCAAGUAAUAAGUUGAAAACUGUUAUACCAUUAGCUAAUGCUUUAUGUCGCUUAGCAUAUACAUCACCCGUCUCUACAGCGACCAAUGAAAGAGUAUUCAGUAUUCUUAAGUUUGUAAAAAAUCAUUUGCGAACAACAAUGACUGAUGAACGAUUAGACAAUCUUAUGGUGCUGAACUCAUCCAAGGAUAUUCUGGAUGAGAUUGACAUGUCAACAAUGAUAGAGAGUUGGGCAACCCUUAAGAGGACGCUCUACCAAAAGCGAAACGUAUGCAACGGCCAAGAGAAUGCGCUAUUAAGUGUUUUUGUGAUCCACAAGCGCGCGGCGUUUAAGCCACGCCCACAUUCGCAGUUGUCGGCGGCCGACAAGUGCUAG